GAGCUGCGCGCCCGCCUCGUCGCGCAUCGUAUUGUGAUCGCGUACCCCGUAGUAGUACUGCGAGAGGAGCUGGAGUUGUGGACAGCCAUACCGUGUUCCGUCAGUGAAAGUCUCGAGAUAAGGCCUGGAUAUGUUGGCGAUGCAGCCGCAGACUGUGCCCGUUUGAAGGAACGAUCACUGGAUGAACAAAGGUGAUAAAGUCUUGAAGGUAAAAUGGAGUCUAAGACACACGAAGCUAGUGACGAUUGCGUGAUGAAACCUUCCGACGCUAAGAAUUCGGACGGCGAGGAGUUCAGGGAGACGCAGUCGAGUUCUCUGGAACAUCCGAACACCUUGGGGAAUGUAGAUAGUUCUGGUGUUGUAUCUGAGAGCGGUGUCACUUCGAAAGACACUAGUCAUAUAGUCGAAUUACAUGGCAAUUCGGCCUGCGGGGCUGUGCAAAACGAAGAAGCGAGCGGGUCCAUGGAGCUGUUCGCGGAGGACGAAAGAAUGACUGAUAAAUGUGACAAGAUUAACGACGUGUUGAAGGAGAUCUUGUGUGCCAGCAGUUCUAAUUCAGUCGAUUUACCAGAGGCGACUACCUCGCAGGACAACAGUCCGUCUUCUUCUCACACCAACGAGGCGUCGCACGUGGAUCAGAAAGUUAAGAGGAGUAUCUCAAAGGGCCAAACGCGUGCCGGUAGCGGCAUGUCGGUCGAAAGGUCCGAUGAGAGUUCGGACGAGGAUUCGAGUAAGCGGCAAAAGUUGAAUAAAAGUACAUGCAAAACCAGUGCCGGAAACGCGAACGACGACCCUGUGACGUUUCAAAAAAGCAAAUCGAAGGCGAAGCAGCGAAGCUAUCGCAAGAGGCGAAAUGUAAUGAGCGAUAACGAAGACAGUUCCGGAAAUACCUUGUCUAACGAGGUAACGAGGGAAGCUCCCAUCCCUGAUGCAGAUGAGGGAAAUGUUGCGUCUGCCAGUACUAUAAAUGAGUCAACUCAGAAUGAGUCGUCAGACAAACAUUCAGGAGCUCGCAGAUCAGGAUCAGAAACGCCUAAUGAUGAGUCUGACCGAUACAAGGCCGUGAGAGGUGACUCGAACGAGUGGAGGGCUAACGAGGACGAUUGGGAUGACGAGGAGGAGGAUGAAAAUGAAGACGAGGAAGUACCUCAUUGCCUAAAAAUAGAGAAACCGCCGCCUAAUUGGCGCAUUGUGCCAGAAAUGAUAAAUCGCCAAAUAGGUAGCAAUCCAUUGUUCCAAAGAAGGUUCUAUGGCUCUCUACACGCGGUAGAGCGGCUCGAGCUUAUGUACAAUCUUAAUGAGCAUCAGGGUUGCGUAAAUGCCUUAAACUUCAAUCAAAAAGGAAAUUUGUUAGCGAGUGCCUCUGAUGAUUUAGCGGUUGUUAUCUGGGAUUGGGCUGUGGGGAAAAAGCGCCACUGGUUUAUCAGCGGUCAUACCAGCAAUAUGUUUCAAGCAAAGUGGUUACCGUUAGACAUGGAAUAUCUUAUGGUCACUUGUGCUAGAGACGGUCAGGUACGUUUAUUGGAUCUCAAACACGACACAUCGAAGAGACUGGCGUCACAUCGUGGACCGUCGCACAAAUUGGCUGUGCACCAUGAAACGCCUCACCUGGUCUUUUCCGCUGGAGAGGACGCAAGGGUUUUCUCCAUUGAUAUCCGAGAGAGUAAGCCGAACAAGUUACUCGUGGUGAAGGAAGGUUCGUCAGAGGUGCAGCUAUUCAGUAUACAUUCUAAUCCUUUUAAUAGUAAUGAAUUUUGUGUCGGAGGCCGCUCGCACUACGUGAGAGUGUACGAUCGGCGAAAAGUCUCGACGCCGCUUUAUAAGCUGUGCCCUGAUCAUCUGACGGGAAACAGGCACGCGCAUGUAACGUGCGCCGUAUACAAUCACAACGGAACAGAAAUUCUCGCGUCGUAUAAUGACGAGGACAUAUAUCUAUUUGAUAGAUUAAUGUCAUCACAUGUAGAUUACGCUCAUAGAUACCAGGGCCAUAGGAAUAGUGCAACUGUAAAGGGAGUCAAUUUCUUUGGACCUAAGAGCGAAUAUAUUAUAUCUGGAUCUGAUUGCGGUAAUAUAUUCAUUUGGGACAAAAACACGGAAGCUGUUGUACAGUGGAUGGCAGGAGACAAACAAGGAGUUGUCAAUUGUUUAGAAGGACACCCACAUAUUCCCAUUCUUGCGACAAGUGGAUUGGAUUAUGAUGUUAAGAUAUGGGUGCCUUCGUGCAGAGAACCUCCGGUAAUGAAAUUAUUCGAAAAUUGUGUGAAGUCCAAUGCGAAGAAUAGGAAACAAGAAAACGUGCCUGAUUCAUUCGAUGGCCAAUUACUUUGGAUUUUACUGAGACAUAUCCGUCAUAGAGAGAGAGUACGUAAUCUUUAUACGCGUUACGGAAUCGAGGAUCCAAGUCCGGAUGAGGACGACGACGACGAUGACGACGACGAUUAUCGCAUCGACGAUUCCUCGAUGAACAGUUCGUCCGAGGACAGUGAUAAUCAAUCGGAAGGUGGCGACGUUGGAAGAAUACAAUGCCCUCCGUCUUAAAGUUGUUGCUUAAUUAACGCGAUUUGAUAUUAUGAACGGGAGUUAUAUAGCGUUCAUAUUAGUCGUUUCACGAUUAUAAUAAAUUCUUCUGGAUAAUUGUGUCGAUGGCUUUACAUAGUGGAGUGUAUAGAAGGGACAGUAACCGCGCAACGUAUCGAAGAAGCUCCAUAUUCUAGUUACGAUUGAUCUUUUUUAUCAACUGGAAAUCGGUAGCGUGAACUACGCAAGUGGCUCACGGUUGUAUUGUAAUUUUUGAAUAUAUACGUUGAACGGACACACGAAGACUGUACAUUUUGCUGGGAUGUACAAUAGUAGGGAAGAAAGAGAGAAACUUAGUAUUUUACAAUAAGUUACAAACGCGUAACGAUUAUAAAAUCGAAGGAAACGCAUAUGUUUAAACACAUUUUGUUGCGAUCAACAUUACCUCCGUACAUCACAGGGUCAUUUCUUUUUAUUUUAUACGUAUAUAUUUUUAAAAUGUUAAUAUAUAACAUUAAUCGUAUUUCUAAAAAAAGAGUCAUGAUACUCUUUGAUUUACAAUAUGAUUACAUGUUAAUAUCAGUUUGUCAUUUUAAAAAGAGGUAACGGUAAAAUAUAUAAAUUUCUUUCAAAUG